AUGUCUGUUAAAUACUGGAUUAUGUCCUUUUUCAAGCCGCGGAAAAAAAACAGUUUUUCGACCAAAGGCACAAGGUACAUAUCGAACGACCCUCAACUUUAUGAUUUGUACCUCAUAACAUCAUAUGCCGAAGAUUCCGAAGAUUCCGAGCAUGAGGACGAGGAUGAGGCAUACUGGUUCGAAGUUUGCGCCAACAUUGUGUAG